ACUCAAACCAAAACUCACCAUAGCAAACAAAGUUAAAAAAACAUACACAAAUGGCGAACAAGCUCUUCCUCGUCUCGGCAACUCUUGCCUUCUUCUUCCUUCUCACCAAUGCCUCCAUCUACAGAACGGUUGUGGAAGUCGACGAAGAUGAUGCCACAAACCCUGCCGGCCCAUUCAGGAUUCCAAGAUGUAGGAGGGAGUUUCAGCAAGCACAACACCUAAGAGCUUGCCAACAAUGGCUCCACAGGCAGGCAAUGCAGUCCGGUACUGGUCCUAGCUGGACCCUCGACGAUGAGUUUGAUUUUGAAGACGACAUGGAGAACCCCCAGGGCCCACAGCAGAGGCCGCCACUACUCCAGCAGUGCUGCAACGAGCUCCACCAGGAAGAGCCCCUUUGUGUUUGCCCAACCUUGAAAGCAGCAUCCAAAGCCGUUAAACAACAGGUUCGACAACAAGGACAGCAGGGACAGCAGGGACAACAGAUGCAGCAAGUAGUGAGCCGUAUCUACCAGACCGCUACGCACUUACCUAGAGUUUGCAGAAUCCCGCAAGUUAGCAUUUGUCCAUUCCAGAAGACCACCCCUGGGCCCUACUACUAGAUUCCAAACGAAACCCUCGAGAGUGUAUAUACCACGGUGAUGAGUGUGGUUGUUGAUGUAUGUUAAUUAACACUACAUAGUCAUGGUGUGUGUUCCAUAAAUAAUGUACUUUAAAAUUGAGGCUAAUGUAAUAAGAACUACUCCGUGACCGUAAUAAAAGAGAAGUUUUUUUUUUUA